AGUAUGGUUUUUAUUGGAGCAACCUCCAAACAAAUUCAUUUUUAGAAAUAGGUAAUUCUUCCACGAUAUAUGCCCAUUAGAGCACUACAGCAUUUGGGUCACUUCAAAGUCACAACUUCUGAUUUUGAUGUUCUUCUUUUUUUCUGAACUAUUAUCUGUUUGUAUCUGAUGAAAUAUCUCAUACAACAUGGAUUAUUGACUUAAAAAUGUUUUUAACCACUUCAUGACAUGAUCCUGCCUUUAGCGUUAACAGAUAGAGCUGUUCUCUUUCUCCUCCAUAUAUAGUUUCCCUUAUACUUUCGUUUCAUUUCUAGUUCUUUCCAAUUUCAUUUUGAUUUCUAACUCCGAAGACAAGAAAAAUGAGAUAUCAAAACCACAGCUUGCUAUUGAUCAUGAUGUUUAUCACGGUUCAGUGCGUUGCUUUACCCCAAAAUAUUUCGCAUUUCACUGUGAGUAUGAUCAGUUCUUCAUUUUCUUGCAAUUAAAUUUAAUUUCUUGUAUGCAUUACGUACUAGUUAAUCAAUUUUUUCUUGCAUUGUAUGCAUGAACAGGUUGAAGAAGCUUCUUUCAAGAGGCUCUGUCAAUCCAAGACGAUUCUCACUGUCAACGGACAAUAUCCAGGGCCGACUAUAUAUGCUCGGGCCGGAGAAACGUUGGUCUUAGACGUUGAAAACAAAGGGAAGGACAACGUUACAAUAUUCUGUUGUAGACGUCAAGGAAGAUAUCUGAAGUCUAAGCAAAUGAAAUGACUAAUUGAGCCAGGGUCAAAAGUUAGACAAAAUAUCAGAAUAUCUGACGAGGAGAAAGGAACACUAUGGUGGCAUGCCAUGAAUAUCUGGCAAAGUGCCACCGUUCAUGGUGCGUUUGUCGUCCACCCCAAGCCCAGAACUACUCCGGCUCUUCCUUUUUCAAAGCCUCAUGCUGAUAUUCCAAUCAUUUUAGGUGAAUGGUGGAAGAAGGAUCUCAAGGAGCUGGUCCUUGAAUAUAUUGCCUCAGGUAGCGACCUCAUGGAUUCCGAUGCUUACACCGUAAACGGCCAGCCUGGCGACUUCUACCCUUGCUCGAGCAAUGGAACUUUCAAUAUACUAGUGGAUACUGGGAAGACUUAUCUUCUCAGAAUUGUGAAUGCUGCAAUGGGUAAAACACUUCAUAUUGGGAUUGCUAAACACAAUUUAACAGUGAUAGCGAUGGAUGGAAGUCCUGUAACGAAGCCGUUUAUAACGGAGUAUGUCCAGUUGAAUGUUCAACAAUCGAUCGACUGCAUUUUUGAGGCGAAUCAACGGCCAGAUUACUACUACAUGGUUGCCGAAGCAUAUGUCGAUCAGACGUAUGAUACAAAUAAAACUACUACAGCGAUUGUGAUGUAUCAAGGGAAUUACAAACCUUCUUCACCACCGUUUCUACCUAUUCUUCCCAACAACUCCAACUACCACGACGAUAAAAGUUCCAGUACCAGUAGGAAAUCUAUAUAUGUAAUAAUGACUUUUGUGAUUUUAGGUUUAUUUAUCUGUAGUAUAAUGUUCUCUGUUGUUGUCUGGUAUAGGCGGAGUAGAGAAGCAAGGCGGCCUAGUAGGCCUCCGCCUCCUAGAAGAGCAGUCAUCACUCCGUUGUAAAUUGUAUUACUGUAGUACUAAUAUAGAUUGUCACGUUGCUUAUAUUUGAAAA